AUGGAUGACUGGGGCGGGGAAGCGUUGGCGCUCCGAGCUCGGGCGAAACAAAAGGCUUGUGUCGACGCGUUUGUUCUACCAGCCGAAUUGCUGGUUCUCUCACACUGCCUAGCCUCAGACGAGGAUCCGCCAUCGCCAUCGCCGUCGCCCACUCCGGCUUCACAUGCUUCAUCCCAGUGCUCCUAUACUCCUGCCCACCAGAGUCUAAGCGCGGAUUCACCGGUAGCUGCGGUGGUUGCUUCAUUGGCACCUUCGAGGCCUUCACUUCCUCGGCUGAACCCGCGCUCUCGAACGCGUUCACGCUCGAGGGCUUCACAGGCAGGGGCAUCGCAAGCACCGCAAGCUGGAGCAUCACAGACCGGAGAGGACUGCAGGGAUCAUGACUUUGAUCCGCCAGAUGAUAAUGCUUGCGACACGGAUGACUCUGUGGAGAUAAUUGACAAGCCGACCGUUUGGAGUGACUUGUGGAAUCUCAGCCAGGAGGAAAGCCUACUUGUGUACCCGCUCCGACUACCGAUGGAAGGACCACUCCCUUCGGAACCGGAUUCGAGAGCUCAUGCAGCGGAACGUUUGGCGUUUGAUAUAUGCCGCCGAGGUUCCUGCAGUACAGCGGAUUUUUGCACUUUGGCUACACUUCUUCCGGAGCAAGCGCAGCCAAGACGGCGACAAACCACCACUUCAGACGGCGCUACUGGCAGGCUACAGCGGGCUUUUCUUACAGGUGCAUACUCCAUUGGUGGUGGUGGCAUUCGGGGAAUACAGGCCAACACGGGCCUUUAUCCAUGGCUCACCACCUGGCUCACAUCCGUGGUUCGAGGAGCCAAGGAAGAUCAUCAGUUCAGCAGCUGUGCAUUUCUGGUUAACACUUUACAUUAUAUGCAUCGUGACACCGGGAAUGCACCAGGCACCUCCAACUUGUUGAUCCCGUGCAAUCGCUGGCAAGGGGGACAGCUGUGGCUGGCGGACGCGAGCGGCUCUGUGAGAUUGGAUGCGACAGGACCACCAGGUGUGCUCCUGAAUGUCACUCGGCCAUACAUUCAACUGAACCCAGAUACACUACAUGCCACCUACCCAUGGGGAGCUGGAGACAGACUUCUGCUUGUGGCCUACCACGCCAGAGCGGUGGACAAGUUACCGGCGGAGGGGCAUGCUCAACUCCGUAGGCGUGGUUUUCGCUUCAUUCCGUGCGCACCCACUGGUCUGAGCUGA